CGCAAACCCGCGAACAAUCAUCAAACUAACGCUGUGGCUGUAGUGCCGAGUGCCGCCACUUCGCCAUUUUAUCGUUUCUUUCUUGAACUUGAAUGAAACUAAUCAAUGUCGUUUAAGAACCGGGUUUAAUUACUGUAGUCAUUCUGACGUCUAUAAAUAUUUCUUAAUCCUAAUACACAGACGUUGGCUGUAGUUGUAUUAGUGUAAAACAGAAUCAAGACUAACAUUUCAAAAAUGGGAGAUAAAGAUGGAGAGACGUUUGAUGAUGCAGUUGAAGAGAGAGUGAUCAAUGAAGAGUAUAAGAUAUGGAAGAAGAACACACCAUUCUUGUACGACCUCGUGAUGACCCAUGCUCUUGAAUGGCCUUCCCUUACUGCUCAGUGGCUGCCUGAUGUAACCAGGCCUGAAGGGAAGGAUUACUCUGUUCAUAGACUUAUUCUAGGAACUCACACCUCUGAUGAACAGAACCACCUAUUGAUUGCAAGUGUCCAGUUGCCCAAUGAAGAUGCUCAGUUUGAUGCUUCUCAUUAUGACAAUGAAAAAGGAGAAUUUGGCGGAUUUGGUUCUGUGAGUGGGAAGAUUGAAAUAGAGAUCAAAAUCAACCACGAGGGAGAGGUGAACCGAGCUCGGUACAUGCCUCAGAACCCCUGUGUCAUCGCUACUAAGACGCCCUCCAGUGACGUGCUUGUGUUCGACUACACCAAACACCCGUCCAAGCCUGAUCCUAGCGGAGAAUGUCACCCAGAUCUGAGAUUGCGAGGUCACCAGAAAGAGGGGUAUGGACUGUCAUGGAACCCUAACUUGAAUGGUUACUUGCUCAGCGCUUCUGAUGAUCACACGAUCUGUCUGUGGGACAUUAAUGCUACACCAAAGGAAAAUCGGAUAAUAGAUGCCAAAACCAUAUUUACUGGCCAUACAGCAGUCGUCGAGGACGUAGCCUGGCACCUGCUGCACGAGUCAUUGUUUGGUUCAGUGGCAGAUGACCAAAAAUUGAUGAUCUGGGACACACGAUCCAACAACACCAGCAAACCCUCGCACACAGUGGACGCCCACACCGCAGAAGUCAACUGUCUAUCCUUCAACCCAUACUCUGAGUUCAUCCUGGCCACAGGCAGCGCUGAUAAGACUGUUGCUCUUUGGGAUCUCAGAAAUCUGAAAUUGAAGUUACAUUCCUUUGAAUCGCACAAGGAUGAAAUAUUCCAGGUUCAGUGGUCCCCUCACAAUGAGACCAUCUUGGCAUCCAGUGGCACAGAUCGCAGACUGCACGUGUGGGACCUCAGCAAAAUCGGCGAGGAGCAGUCUACAGAGGAUGCAGAAGAUGGCCCACCCGAGCUUCUGUUCAUCCAUGGUGGCCAUACGGCAAAAAUAUCUGACUUUUCGUGGAACCCUAAUGAACCUUGGGUUAUUUGUUCAGUAUCUGAGGAUAAUAUAAUGCAAGUGUGGCAAAUGGCUGAGAACAUCUACAAUGAUGAAGAGCCAGAGACUCCUGCUUCUGACCUCGAGGCAGGAGCUUCAUAACUGUGUCCUCUCUUCCAUUAAUUUUAUGUACACGUGUUUGUUCUUACUAUAAUAAAUAUAUAGAAUAAAGUUCCAUGUAACAGUUAUAAUCAUGUAUAUUUUCACUUCUCCAUGUAAACUACAAAAAGUCUUAAACUUUUAUAAUUUUCCAGAUUUUAUCCUCAAAUUUGAUGUUAUUGAGUUUUGUAAUGUUUAAUACAAUAUUACUAUUGUUUAUAAAGAAAGAAUAAAAUAUUUUUCAAAGCUUUGA